AACGUCAACAGUCCAUAGAUACGGUAGCUCCAGUUGAUGUACGAGGGAAGGGCAUCUCAGCCCUUGUUCUCUUAUCUCUGUGCAAGGAGGCAAAUGAGGGCAGAUAGGACAAGGGAUCUACGACUCAGAGUUGGCCCCGGAGCGAAAAGCACAUGGACCUUUGACUAGCCUCGAAGAAGGCAGUGGCGAAUCUGGGCCUUCCACGUGGAGCCCAGCUUGGAUAUCACACAAUUGGUUCAUAGCUCACGAGGCAAAGGGAGCCCGUUCGGUACUCGAGCGCAAGAGUUGUCCUCGUCGUAGUAUCCUUCCCUGGGGGAGCCGCGGAACGUGGAAAGCUGGCAGCUUCAGUUUCACCGACCAUGUGUAAAAUUACAUCCCGAUUCACUGUAACGAGCUGGUAGCUCCUGGACGUUGCAGGCCGGUUGAUGUGUGGGAGUAACUGCUCUGGAGGCAGCGCCAUCAAUUGAGCGUCGAAUCUUCGGAGCGUGAGCUUGUUGAAAUUCACAAUGCAGGGGAUUGUGAGUUCGCCCGUUCUGGGCUUCUCGUGCUCCAGGCAAUUUGGGCCUUGGUUUGAAUCCUUCUCUGGAUGUAGAUAUGGUAGUGGAAAGUUUUUGCACUCGAAUGUGAGGGUGAGCACAGGAAGCUAUGGGCCUGGCCAGCUCAGCCAAAGAGCCUUGAGGAGGAGAGUUCAGAGGUCGGAAGGGAACGUGGGUCGGAGAACUGUGCAAUGCAGGAACCAGGUACAGUCUUUGCAACUAGACUUCUCGGAGACAGAGCAGUUGCAGCAGUGCCUUUCGAAUAUAUACAAUGCCAUGGGUUUGCAGGACUACUCCCUAAACCAGCACAUCGUCGUGUCAGGAAAACAGUUCUUAAUGAAUAUGGAAGGACAAUGGUCAUUAAUAUGGUGUAUGGAUGGGCGGUUUUAUGAACGUUAUGACGGACCUGAGCUGAAUUUCGAAUGGGCUUACGAUGGAAAUCAAAGUCCCUGGUCUGCCGAUGCAGCCGGUCGAGUUUCAAUCUUAGAUCUUGACGACCGUGAGGUUUGUCUUAUGGCAUCGUGGGUCCGAACAGGCUACUGGCUCACAGAGGACGGGAGAAAACAGCUGAGCAUAAGCAUAGAACCGCAGAAGGGUGGACCAUUCUCGAAAGAAACCGUCUUCGCCCUCCACUUAAAGAACUCCAAGGUGAUGGCCUAUCUGGUCGUGGAUAAUAGCAACUGGCUGCCAGCGCGCUUGAGUAUCAAAGCAUUUGGAAGUGAAGACAAGUGGGAGUAUCGAGAUUGGCAACUCAUCCAGCCAGGUUAUAGCAGUAAAUUUCCUAUGGCUAUCACCCACAAUCCUCCUGCUGGAGGGAGGGAUUUGUAUUCUGUUACCAGUAUCAAAGUGGAAAUUCCAGGAGAGGAGCUGGCGGACGCAGAAAUCAGUGAAAAAUAUGCAUUUCCAGAUUCUUCUCUUGUUCCACGAAGUACCCAUAGCUAUCCUAAAACUCACAUUGACAACAACCUGCCACCUACAGUGAAGAUGUAUCAUGCAGAAAGUGGGCAUUAUCUCGUGCGCCCUCUCAUUGAUGGCAAAGAUAUAGGAUACUUCAUUGUGGACACGGGAGCAAGCAGUCUUACAAUUACUUCUGAAAAGGCCGAGGAGCUUGAUAUGUACGCUUUUGGUGAGGCCUAUGUGACAGGUGUUGAAGGGGAGGUCAAGUGCCAAUUUCGGCGUGCGAAGAGCUUCCAGAUCGGUCCUCUGACAAUCGAAGAACCCAUAUUCAUGGAGGUACCAAUGGCCGGUGUCGUGAGAGGGAUUUCUCCAGUUGCUGGAAUUUGUGGCUACGACAUAUUUUUUCACUGUACUGUAGAGAUGUCUUAUAAGAUGGGCACUCUAUCAUUUUUUGAUACAUAUUUAUACAAUAAGGCUUCCAAAAUCCGGGCUUCACAGUGGCAGAGCAUGUACAUGUUGGAGAAUGUGCCUCACGUACCUGCCUACUUCAUGGAAAACGAGGCUAUCUUUUUGCUAGACACGGGGGCAGGAGGAGUCGAUAUCAUCUUCCACGGAAGGGCAGUAGAGAAAUUUAGACUGAAUCAAACACUUGAACUCGCUGGAACAGCAAGUGUCAAAGGAAUCAACACUUCUGGCAAGGGUUUACAGGUUCAGUAUGGUAUAUUAGACUCACUGGAAGUUGCAGGACAAUCAUUCAAUAGAGUAAAAGCUCUUUUUCCUGCCAAAGGGACUUGUGGCUCUCUAGACUUUUCUGAAUACACAGCAGGCGUUCUAUGUGGCGACCUGUUAACCAACUUGCUAGUUGUUCUCGACUAUGGCAAUCGGAGGUUUGCUUUGAUACAAAGUAGAUACGUAAGUUCCAGGUCAAGAAUAUAAUCAAGUAGAAAAUUGGUCCUAAUCUCUGUAAAUUUGAGCUAUCACACGUAGUUCCAAUUGUUUCACCGCGAUGUGUCAAUGUCUCGCUGAUUGUAGAUUCCGCAGUUAUGUGGAUCGUGAAUGUUUGACAAUGUUGCGAGUGUUAAAGUGUUUAAAGACACCCUAUGAUUUGUGCAUGUAUGAAGGUACUACGACGUAAGGUCUCAAGACUGCCCGGUGUUUGUCGACAUUGAGAAUAGUCUAUUUUUUUGGGUGAAAUUUUUUGGAUAAGUGAUGGACAGAAUCAAGUCUAUCUCCACGACAGUCUAAAUUAUGACUAGCGUCAAAACAACGAAAUUUUGGGACCAAUAAUAUGUGCUAAGCACCCGAAUGUGUAUGUUCAAAUUGGCAGCAUUUCGUUGGUUUCUGCCUAGGGAACAAGUCCAUAGCCGACUCGUGCACGUCCCCCCAGUUCGGGAGACAACCGACUGAAUGGACAUUACAAGGUCUCAGGACGGGGAAGGGAGCCAACUGGAACCAGCUUCUUCCCGAUUCUCCGUCCUCAAAUCGAACGCGGGUGCACGGCUACCCUGAUCCUGAGUAGACUAAUCUGAAGUACUGACGAAGGAGUCAGCGCUCUGGCCACUGCAUCUGACGCACUCGAGCUCCGAAGAGAACCAUUCACCACCCACGGGCAUCAUUCAUCAAAUGUGCGCUACCUUGCGUACUCUCGAAGAGAAACGAUCUAAGCCGGGUGGCAAUUUGUCAAGCAUGCAAUGCUGCUGGUCGUGUCCAACGGCGUUCAGUACCUUGAAGAAUGGGUACAGAAGCCCGUAGCACCCACGUGCUCAGGCCGUUUGACUCGACAAGGCAUCGGGCUCACCACCUGAACUCAUGGCGGUGCAAGUCAGCUCCGGC